UUACAGGCUUGCACAGCAGAGAAGCAUACUGCAAUAAGUCCGGUAGCGCCGAUUGCUGCAGCAGCGUUCAAUCCGUCGCUGAUGUGCUUACCGGCGCUAUUUGAUCAUUUUGGAGGUGAAAUAUUACGAACCCAUAUGAAUCCAGCAGCUACACAAUUUAAGCCAAUACCGAACAAUGAGCGUGUUGAUCUAACACGAUUUCUUUCGAAAGAACCACAGGAGUGGACAAUGGGUGAUGUUAUUGCAUGGUUAUUAAAUGUUGCUAGACGGAAUGGUAUACCAUUCGAAGAUUUAGAAAUGCAAAAAUUUGCAAACUGUACUGGUAUGGUAUUGAUCCAAAUGCGUGAAAUUGAUUUUAAACAACGUGACGCCGUAUAUGGUUCAUUAUUGUAUGCUGAAUUCAGGAAAUUAUUGAUGGAAGAAAGAUUAACUGAUGAAUGUGCUUAUAAAUCACCAGGAAAAGCAAGUACGUAUCGAGUAUCGGAUGACACUAGACUUUCCUGUAUCAACAGUGGACUAUCCGUCAAUACAAAUGCUUUAUCUUCACUUCUAAUGUCUGAUAGUGACCCGAACAGCUCGUCAACCAUGCAACCUUUAGAUACAUUAUCCCAGGUCGCCACUGAUAUCGUUGGUACCUUCAACUUCAAUUCACCUGUUGGAUCUGAUGAAACCUUCAUGUUACGACCCACAUAUUGCAAAGUGCGGAAAAAUAAGGAUGGAAGGCCAAGGAAGCACUCACAACACACCAAAGGGAACAAAUUAUGGGAAUUUAUACGUGAUGCUUUGAAAGAUCCCACUACUUGUCCAAGUGUUGUACGAUGGGAGGAUCCAGCAGAGGGUGUUUUCCGAAUCGUUGAGUCAGAAAAACUGGCACAGCUUUGGGGUGAACGGAAAAACAAUCAAAAAAUGACCUACGAAAAACUCAGCCGAGCUAUGAGGACAUACUAUGAAAAGCGGAUAUUGGUACCGGUACCGAAAACAGGACUCUAUCCGAAGAAAUUAGUGUAUAAAUUCGGGCCAAGUGCUCUAGGUUGAUAUGUAGUGCUUUUGUUGUAAGGUUGAACACUGUAAGUAAACCAUUUAUAGAUAGUUCCUUACUGUUUACAUCUAUGUGAUCUUUUUUUUUCCCUGCUUAUACCUCCUAUCUCCUAUCACUUGUUGUUUAUAUUUUCCAGGUUUUCUAUAUGAAUUCAAUUGUUUUGUUAUGCAGAAACGAGCUUCAUUUAAUUUCGAGAUAUAUAUGUCCCCACAAUGGUCAAAUGUAAUUCAUGUCAUUCAUUAAUUUAGAAUCAAACACACAGGGUUUGGAAUGGACGGCAAUAAUAAGGACAAUAAUCAGGUUGGAGCU